UAUUCUUUGAACGCACAGAUGACUUUUAUUAUACAUUUAUCUCCUUUAAUGUUUUCAUCAGAUAAGGUCAGAAAACUAAUUUGCAUCAUCCUCUGUAUCGCUGCCUGUGAAAUAUGACAUGAGUUGAUCUGUUGUGAGCUAAAACUACAUCAAACUUCUUUCAUUCCUUUGGUGCCACCUCGCUUUAUAGACCUACAGGUAACGUCCAGAUGAAGAAUUUAGCCAAGAGAAUUACAUCAUCUGUACGUCAUUCACAGUUAAGUGUCAAAUAUCCCUCUGGAGGAUAACCUGAAUCUUAAAAGAGAAGCAUCAGUAUUGGAGGAGGAAUUAUAAAGGAUAUCAUGAGAGGAACUAUGGAAAAAGUCCAAAAUACCACUCAUGGAUCUCGAUGUUUUGAACACUGCAUGCCUCCGGUACAAAGUGCGUCCGCCACACCGACCUCUACUCACUUCCUAAGAUUUGGGGCUGUGGCUCUUAUCGUUGGUGCGGUGCUAAUGUUGUGUGCAUCCAUGGCUGCUUUGUACCUGUGGAAGGUGACUGAGAAAAAUGUUUAUAAUGUUCGUUACAGUAUGAACAUCAAUGGGGAGCUGAGGGAGGGAUCUAUGGAAAUUGAUUCUGACAAUAACCUGGAGAGUUUUAAAACAGGGAGUGGAGAUGAGGAAGCUGUGGAGAUUCAUGACUUUCAAAGUGGAAUAACUGGGAUCCGUUUCUUUGGAGGAGACAAGUGCUAUAUAAAAUCCCAAAUCAAAGCCAUCCUUCCACACAUGGGAGCGAACAACAAAGAACUGCUGAUGUCUGACCCGACAGAUGAAAUCAUGCCUGUGAGAUUUGAUGAGGACUUCAUCAUAUGGGUUUCUGCUGAACAGCCACUGAAGGACACCAAUUUCCUGAGCAAUAAAAUUAUCGGCCUUUGCGGGGAACUUCCCAUUUACUGGCUCCAACCUAUCCAUCCUAAAGAUGGGGAGAGGAGAAAGAGAGACACACAGAGAGCCAAACGGCAGUUUAACAUGCAUGAAUCUGAGGCAGCUGCUGAGAAGAGGGACUCGGCAAGUGACGCAGAGGAUGAAGUCUCCAGAGUUGUGGAAGAUGGGGAUGGGGCACAGUCUAGCGAGGGGUCAGCACUCAAUCCUGAAAACCCCUAUCACCGCGGUGGAGGGGCCAGAGAGGAAGGAGCUAUGAACUUUGACACCAUGCUAGACCACCAGGGGAUCUGCUGCUCAGACUGCCAACGCAGUUACACUCACUGUCAGAGAAUAUGCGAGCCUCUCCGUGGCCACUGGCCUUGGCCUUACAACUACAGAGGGUGUCAGGUGGCUUGUAGGGUUAUUUUGCCUUGUCGCUGGUGGGUGGCACGCAUUUUAGGUAUUGUGUAAGAAAAUAUUCAGUUAAUAAAAGAAUUAAAUAAAAUUCC